GUUCAUGGUCACGUGUUUAUGAUUCGGGGUUAACCAAUGAUACAUGCGUUUUUUAUUGCAGUCUAGCAAACGCUUUCUGUACGACUGGGUGUCUAGUUUGUUGUUAAAGGGAUUGUUAGGCAAUCGAAGAGUAUGGGAUCCUGACGCAUAAAACUUAGACAAGUUUUUUUACUUUUCAUCUUUACUUUUACGAAAAAAGGCGAGUAAACGAUCGCAGUACAAUAUUAUUGUCAUGGAUGGAAAACAGAAAUUUGAGAAGAAAAAAAAUCCUCGCGAGGAAGCCAAUCCUCUUAGCGCAUUAACGUUCACGUGGAUUUUACGCACUUUUUGGAUAGGGUAUCAUAGAGAUCUUGAAGUAUCUGAUUUAUAUAAGCCUCUUAAAGAGCAUACAAGUAGUAUACUUGGAGAAAAGCUAGCUACUUUAUGGGAGGCAGAAUGUCAGAGGAUAAACGAAAAAAAAAAUAAAGCUGUUAAAAGUGAUGAAAAACUUGACGAUGAAAGUAAUUUGAAAGAGCCUAGUUUAUUGAAAGUUUUAAUCAAAUGCUUUGGCGCACGCAUAAUGGUCUAUGGAAUAAUAUUGGUCAUAAUGGAAAUAGUACUUAGAUUAUUUCAACCAUUUUUCCUUGGUCUAUUAAUCCGUUACUAUAGACCACGAGAACAUACCUAUGCUCCGAUAAAUGAUGAUCCACUGUAUAAGAAGCAAAAUAAUUCUGAUAUAGUGUUACAACCAUUAUUUCUUGGCUAUUUACUGCGAUAUUAUAAUACUAACGAAGUAUCAAAAAAUGAAGCUUAUUUAUAUGCUCUUGGAAUAAUACUGUGUUCUGCCGUAAAUGUAUUUGUUGUACACCCAUACAUGAUGGCUAUUCUUCAUAUGGGUAUGAAAAUGAGAGUAGCUUGCUGCUCCCUAAUCUAUAGAAAAGCACUGAGAUUAUCAAGAACUGCAUUAGGAAAAACAACGGUUGGGCAAGCUGUUAAUCUUUUAUCAAAUGAUGUAAAUAGAUUUGAUGUCGCUAUCAUAUUUUUACACUACUUAUGGAUUGCGCCACUUGAAACUAUAAUUAUUACCUACUUCAUGUUCUCUGAAGUACAAAUAGCUGCUAUUAUUGGUGUCGCGACAUUGUUAAUGUUUAUACCUCUUCAAGGAUAUUUGGGUAAGAAGUCAUCAGAAUUAAGAUUAAGGACGGCUAUAAGAACAGAUGAAAGAGUUAGAUUAACAAACGAGAUCAUAACAGGAAUUCAAGCGAUCAAAAUGUAUACAUGGGAAAAACCAUUCAGUGAUUUAAUAGAAAAAGCUAGAAAGAAAGAAAUCAACGUUAUCCGUUCAACGUCAUAUAUUCGAGGUGUUACCAUGUCAUUUAUUAUCUUCACCACAAGAAUGUGUUUGUUUAUCACUAUAUUAGCCUACGUCUUAUUAGAUGGAAAGAUAACAGCUGAAAAAGUUUUUAUAUUGACAGCAUAUUAUAAUAUUCUACGGCAAACUAUGACAGUUUUCUUCCCACAAGGUGUCACUCAAGUAGCAGAAGCUAUGGUUUCUAUAAAAAGAUUACAAAAAUUUAUGAUGUACGAGGAAGUGACAUCAAAAAAAAACGUAGAUAAAAAUAAGCAUAUUGUAGAACAAAAAAACAAGAACAAAACUAGUUUAAACAAUGAAAUAAACGAAGGUGUAACGAACAAGAGGAACAGUUGUACCGAACAACCAAAAUUAGAUAGCGAGGAUCCUAUAAAAUUAGAACGUACUUCUGCUAAGUGGUUUUCAUCUGAAAAUGAAUAUACAUUGCAAGAUAUUAAUAUACGUGUUCGUCCAGGUGAACUUAUAGCUAUAGUUGGACAAGUUGGUUCAGGGAAAAGCAGUUUGUUAAAUGUUAUUUUGAAGGAAUUGAAAGUAUGCUCGGGUACUUUGCAGGUUAAUGGAAACAUUUCUUACGCUAGUCAAGAACCAUGGUUAUUUGCUGGUUCAGUUAGACAAAAUAUUUUAUUUGGUCGAACAAUGGACCAAGUUCGAUACAAUAAUGUUAUUAAAGUAUGUCAAUUAAAAAGAGACUUUACGUUGUUACCUUACGGUGAUAAGACAAUAGUAGGAGAACGAGGUAUAAGUUUGUCCGGUGGUCAACGUGCUAGGAUAAAUUUAGCAAGAGCGGUUUAUGCAGAAUCGGAUAUUUACUUGCUGGAUGAUCCAUUAAGCGCCGUAGAUGCUCACGUUGGUAAGCACAUGUUCGAAGAGUGCGUUGUUAAGUACUUAAAAGGAAAAACCAGAGUUCUUGUUACUCAUCAAUUACAGUAUUUGCACAAUGUCGGUAGAAUUAUCGUGUUGAAGGAUGGCGUGAUACAGGCGGAGGGGACGUACGACGAGUUGGGCUCGAAAGGAGUCGAUUUUGGACGGUUGUUGGAAACUCCAACAUACGUCGAGGAACAAUCUUCUUCUACGCCUGCAAGUAGAAGCAAUUCCCGUAAUCCAAGUAUCACUUCAUUGAGUUCCUGUAAAACGAAUGACACCAGCAAGCAACCAGAACCGGAAGAGUUAGCUGAAAUGCGGACUAAAGGUAGCGUUUCAGGAAAAGUCUAUGCAGGCUAUUUCUUAGCCGGUGGUAAUUGGUGCGUAGUUACAUUAGUUUUUGGAUUUUGUGUAAUGGCUCAAUCGGCAGCAAGUGGAGGUGAUUUCUUUAUAUCUCAGUGGGUCAAUAUGGAAGAGAUAUCAAUAAAUGUAACGGACGAUGGUAUUAAACACUUAGACUGGAAAGGACCAAUUGAUCGAGAAACUUGUAUUUAUAUAUACAGUGCUUUAACUGUACUUACCAUAGGAAUAACGCUCAUACGUUCAGUAUCAUUUUUUGAUAUGUGUAUGCGAGCGUCAAUGACGUUACACGAUAAAAUGUUUCGUUGUAUCAGUAAUGCAAAAAUGCGAUUUUUCAACACUAAUAACUCUGGCCGAGUUCUCAAUCGAUUUUCCAAGGACAUGGGCGCCGUAGAUGAACUUUUACCAAUUGCAUUGAUCGAUUGCGUACAAAUUGGCCUAUCAUUAUUUGGAAUUAUAAUAGUCGUUGCCAUUGCUAAUCCAUGGUUAAUGAUACCGACUGUUUUAAUUGGAUUUGUAUUUUACUAUCUACGAGUCUUCUAUAUUGCCACAAGUCGCAGUGUUAAACGUCUCGAAGGAAUCACCCGUUCACCGGUGUUUGGACACCUGAACGCAACUCUACAGGGUUUACCAACGAUACGAUCCUUCGAUGCUGGUGAAAUCCUUAUUAAGGAGUUCGACAACCAUCAGGAUUUGCAUUCCUCGGCUUGGUUCAUAUUCAUUGCCUCCUCUCGUGCCUUUGGAUUUUGGUUAGACGUCUUCUGCCUAGUGUACAUAGCUCUGGUCACUCUGAGCUUUCUCAUUAUGUACGAUGAUGCUUCUGGAUCGAUGAAGGGUGGUGACGUUGGUCUGGCGAUUACUCAAAGUAUCGGCUUGACUGGUAUGUUCCAAUGGGGAAUGCGACAGAGUACGGAAUUGGAAAAUCAAAUGACCUCGGUCGAACGUAUACUCGAGUACAGCAAAAUGGAGAGCGAACCACCGUUGGAAAGUACACCCGACAAGAAACCACCAGAAAAUUGGCCGCAACAGGGAAAGAUCGAGUUCAGAGGUGUAUCGAUGCGUUAUGCAUUGUUGGAACCACCUGUAUUGAUGGAUCUUACUUUCGAGAUAAAAGCAAAGGAAAAGAUAGGUAUAGUGGGUAGAACAGGUGCAGGAAAAUCGUCUUUGAUUUCUGCCUUGUUCCGUUUCGCUGAAAUCGAUGGACCGAUAUUGAUUGACGAUAUAGAUACAAGCGUGAUAGGCCUUCACGAUCUUCGUUCGAAAAUGAGUAUAAUACCACAAGAGCCUUUCUUAUUUUCUGGCUCGUUGAGAAGAAAUCUUGAUCCAUUUGAUAACUAUCAAGACAGUCUAUUGUGGCAAGCAUUGGAAGAAGUUGAACUUAAAGAAAUGGGAUUGGAAGCUCAUAUAAACGAAGGUGGAUCUAAUUUGAGCGUUGGCCAACGACAGCUCGUAUGUUUGGCACGAGCGAUCGUACGAAAUAAUCCGAUUCUUAUCUUGGACGAAGCUACGGCCAAUGUUGAUCCACGUACGGAUGAACUUAUACAAAAGACUAUACGUCGAAAAUUUGAAAACUGCACGGUACUUACUAUCGCUCAUCGUCUAAAUACUGUGAUGGAUAGCGAUCGUAUAUUGGUAAUGGAUGCCGGUCAUGCGGUGGAAUUCGAUCAUCCCCAUAUACUGUUACAAAACAGUAAAGGAUACUUAUACAAUAUGGUGCAAGAAACGGGUCAAGCCAUGGCGGACGCCUUGACCGUCGUAGCUCAUGAUAAUUAUACGUCUCGUUACAACUCUACGUCGCUUUGAUGUGUGACACGUAAAAUCAUCACCACGUUAGCCUUUUAUUAGCGCCGUUUUUAUACGAGUCGAUAGAGAUUAGUUAACUCGAAAAUGUUUUCUAUAAAUGCGGCAAGUUUCAAAUACUUAUUUUUUUUAGGCACGACCGUAGCGUGAAAAUUAUUUUAUAUGAUUUAUAUACAUAUAUAUAUAUAUAUAUAUAUGUGUGUGUGUGAAACAUAUGUCAUAUUAGGCGAUCAUCUCCAAAAUUAUUUAAAAUAUUCAUAAACACUUGCGGAUCUUUAACUUUUAUAUAUUAAAAUCGAAAUGCGCGAGUGUGUUUGUCAUAUAUGCAUAUUAUAUGCCAUGCUCUGUCUCUGUCUGUGUGUGUGUGUGUGUGUGUGUGUGUGUAUGUGCGUAUGCGAGUAUGUGUAUAUCCAUUCUAAACGAUUAGAUGGAUUGACUUAAAAAUUUAUGCCAAAAAUAAAAUAACCUUCGACGAUAAUAUACAUACAAGUUCCAAUUUCUGAUGUCGAAAUGAACAUUCUCAAGAAUAAUACAAACAUUAAAAUUAAUAUAAAAUCUAUAUGAAAUUAUAUAGAUAUAUUUUAAAUAUUAAUUAGCCAGUCAUCAUUAUAAUGCGAACUACAUUUCGGUCGUGCCUAAUUCUGUGUUCGACACAGUACAUGCCUGGUUUUUUCUUUUUAUUUCGUUUCUUUCUUUUUCUUUGGAUUAUUUUCACACUUUUUUUUUGGAUUAUUUUACAUUUAUAUAUUCUCUAUAAAUAAUAUUCUUUUAUAGCAAAUCUUAAUGAAAUUGUAGAGAACCAUUUUAUACUGUCUGGCGCUGGCGCGGAUUCAGUAUUAUUACUUAAUAUUUUAUAUCUUAUUAUACUUUUUGUUUAUCUCUCUCUAUCUCUAUCUACCGGAAGUACUUAACGAUAAAUUACCGCUUUACUUAAUAAUAAUGUUCUAUUUUUAUACGUAUUAUAUAUUAUAUAUAUAUAUAUAUAUAUGUAUAUUAUAUAUAUAUAUAUAUUAUAUAUAUAUAACUUUCAAGAAAGAUAAAAAAAGAAAAUAUAUUAUAAUUACGUACUUAUUUCUUAUAUAAUAUAUUGGACGUUUUAUAUCAAUCAUAUAUAUAUGUACACACAAUGCGUUGCGUGCUAUAUAAACAAAAAACACUUUAGAAAAUCAAAAUGCCAAAGGACAGGUGCUUACAUUAUACUUCUUUUCAAUGAAGAUAUGCCUAUAAUGAUUAUAAAGAGUGUUAAUUAUAUAUGUAUAUAUAUGUAUGUAUGUAUAUAUAUAUAUAUCCAUUUUUUAUUAUUAAAACGUUGAAACUGUACGCGAAUUAUGCAUAUGUAUAUGUAUCAUAGAAUAAAAAAAUAGAUCCUUUUAGGAAUUAGAAAAAAAAGCGGAAAAGGAAAAAAAGAAGGUAUACAUCAGCUUUUCAUACAAUUUUCCUUUUACAUUUUAUAUUAUAAACAUUUGAAACGAACAUGUAAUGAGAAUAAUUAAUAAUGAAUUAGGUUGCAUCACGGCAUCACAAUUUUUAUCGCCCUGGCUCGUAGAUUAGAUUAAAGAAAAUACUCUUCGCUCGUAAGAGAUUCAAAUCAUGUAUAUUACAUCGCAUUCAUACUUAGAGAAACAUUCACACACAUAUACAUAUUAAACAUCAAACAUAUAAGUACGUACAUACAUACAUAUAUGCAUACAUACAACAUACAUACAUACAUGUUACAUACGUACAUACACGUGCGCGUGCGCACUCACACAACAUAUAUACGAGCGCAAGCAUUUCAUCUAUCGGUACAUUUUAGAUCAAUAUUCUAAGAUGUCUCUUAUUCGAUCAUUAUUAUAGCUCUGUCGAUGAAAUGAUUGCUCUUUUACAAGUGCCUCUAAUUAAAUGUAAUUCUUAUAAAUAAAAUAUAGAUGUACAGAAGGAAAUUACUUUAAUCAAUGCCACUAUAUCUCAAUGUGGUCCGCCUUCUUAACGAGUCAUUUCUAUCCUUCUCGUUAGAAUUCUUUAGUAUGGAGUAUAUCUUUUUUAUUAUUAUUAUUACUACUAUUACUAUUCCUACUAUUAUUAUUAUUAUUAUUAUUAUAAUUAUAAUUAUUGUUAUAAUUAUUAUUAUAUUAUUAUUAUUAUUACUAUUGUAUAUCAUUAUUAUUAUUAGUAAAAAUGUUGAAAUUGUAUGCGAAGUUUGUAUAUAUAGAUAUAUAUUUAUUAUAGAAUGACAACAUAGAUCGCGUCAGGAGUUGAAAAAAAAAAGAAAAGAAAAAUAAGUAUAUCUUAAAUUUUUCUUCUAUUAUCAUUCUAUAUUUUAUAUUAUAAAUAUAUUUGAAACGACGAUGGAAUAAGAAAAAUUAUUAAUUAAUUACUAUGCAUUAUGGGAUCACGAUUUUUCGUCCUGGCUUGUCAGACUAAAAAAAAAAAAAUUACUUUUUCCUAAUAGAAGAUCCAAAUCAUGUAUGUAUAUUAUACACGCGCACGGACAUAUACACACGCUGUAGAAUAUAUCGAUAUCGCGUUGUUAUUUAAAAAUUGGUUAUGAUGACAAUAAAAAAACAAAAAAGAGAAAAGAAUGAUUUGAAAAAAAAAGAAAAAGAAAAAUCGAUUGGUGUUAUUUAGAAUAAAAAUUAUUUAUCUACUCUCUUGAGACGAACUCGUAAGUUUUAUAUUAUCAUUACAAAAGAAACAGAAAGAAAUAUAUUUCCCAAAAUUUCAAUUUGUUUUCUAAUCAAAAGACGGGCAUUAUCUCAAUAAUGAUUCGUCCGGUAUGUAAGAAAAUUAUUAUUUAAUUUGUAUGUUAACGCAGGUAACAAAAGAGAAUCCGUUGAUUUGAAUUUGCCGCCAUGAUCGACGAAAAGAAACAAAAAUUAUCGAGUUCGUGAGAGAGAUAGUUCCUAAUAUUAAAAAAAAAAAAUCAAAACGGAAAAAAAUAUAUAUAUAUACAAAUACGUAUAUAUAUAUAAAUAAAAAUAGCAUCGAAAUGGUUACGAGCGUGUGGGUGUGUGCGCGUGUGUGUGUGCGUGAGUGCAUAUGUUGUAUGCAAUUCAUCGUGUCUCUCGUCUCGCCAUAACGUUUCUUUCAUGUUUGUUUAACCGUAUCGUUAUUAAAUAAAAAAAAAAAAAAAGAUAAAAA